AUGUUCACCCAAGUCCUCAGCGUCGCGCUCUUCGCCUUCUCCCUCGUUGCCAGAGCCCAGGACCUCCCCAGCUGUGCACUUACAUGCUUGUCCUCGACGAGCGGCAGCUCCUGCAGCCAAACUGACAUCCCCUGCCUUUGCCGCGACAAUGCAUUCAUCAGUUCAACUGCUCAGUGCAUCCUCACCGCGUGCCCCGCCGACCAGAUCGCGGCUGCUACUCAAGCUGCCCAAGGUCUCUGUGGCGCUGCAGGCGUCUCGGUCAGCAUUCCUUCCGUUGCCCCUUCUUCCAGUGGUUCUUCCUCUGUUUCUGGAUCUGCGACACCCACGGCCCCAACUGCGUCCGUGUCAGUCACUGGUACCCCCUCCACUACAUCAAGUGGCGCUGCCCCUGCUCAAACUUCCAACGGAGCUGUCUCGCAGAGCGCCAACGCUGUUGCUGGCAUGGUUGCCUUCGGUCUCGCCGCCCUCGCACUCUAA